GGGAGAGCGCCCUCUGCAGGAAAGGCUGUUCGCACUAAGCUCUUGAUCCCGAGCAUCGCCAUAUUGACGUCCCAACAACGCUGAGAGGAGAUACUGCCUUGCUGUAGUCCCCAGUGAUGACUGUAUUGAGCCCUGUACCUCCUGAUUAGACUGGUCGGAUGCCCCCAUUUAACAUUCAGCUUUCUUACCAUAAAGGCAUCUCAACUGCUCCUGUUUCAAUUCAUCUAUCACCAUCAUCCUGGAGGGAACCUCCCAGGAUAUUUAGAGAAGAUCCCGUGUAGAAUAUGUCUGGCCCCGUCCCAAGCCGCUCCCGAGUUUACCCUGAUGUAAACACACAGAGACCUCGGGAGUAUUGGGACUAUGAGUCCCAUGUUGUUGAAUGGGGGAACCAAGACGACUAUCAGCUAGUCAGAAAACUAGGGAGAGGCAAAUAUAGUGAAGUGUUUGAAGCCAUAAACAUCACAAACAAUGAAAAAGUGGUCGUCAAAAUACUGAAGCCGGUCAAGAAAAAGAAAAUCAAGAGGGAAAUAAAGAUCCUGGAGAAUCUGAGGGGUGGCCCAAAUAUCAUCUCACUGUUAGAUAUCGUCAAGGAUCCUGUGUCCCGAACCCCUGCUUUGGUCUUUGAACAUGUGAACAACACAGAUUUCAAGCAAUUGUAUCAAACCCUAUCUGACUUUGACAUACGGUUCUACAUGUAUGAAAUCCUAAAGGCUCUGGAUUACUGCCACAGUAUGGGGAUUAUGCACAGAGAUGUCAAGCCACACAAUGUAAUGAUCGACCAUGAACACAGAAAGCUCCGCUUAAUCGAUUGGGGUUUGGCGGAAUUCUACCACCCAAACCAGGAAUACAACGUGAGAGUGGCAUCCAGGUACUUCAAAGGACCUGAACUGCUGGUAGACUACCAGAUGUAUGACUACAGCUUGGACAUGUGGAGUUUGGGUUGCAUGCUCGCCAGCAUGAUCUUCAGAAAGGAGCCUUUCUUUCACGGUCAUGACAACUAUGAUCAGCUGGUGCGAAUUGCAAAAGUACUCGGCACCGAGGACCUGUACGACUACAUUGACAAGUACAACAUUGAAUUGGAUCCACGGUUCAAUGACAUUCUCGGAAGACACUCCCGCAAAAGGUGGGAGAGGUUUGUGCACAGCGAGAACCAGCACCUGGUCAGCACAGAGGCUCUAGACUUCCUGGACAAACUGCUGCGCUAUGACCAUCAAGCCCGCCUCACGGCCAGAGAGGCCAUGGAGCACCCCUACUUCUAUCCCAUCGUUAAAGAUCAGGGAAGAGGGGCCACUCCUGGGGGGAUGGCUGCAAGCUCCACACCAGUCAGCUCCUCAAGUAUGAUGGCUGGCAUCACCUCAAUGUCCUCCUCACAGCCGCUGGCUAACAUUGCUGGAUCACCCGUCAUCUCUGCUCCCAACACCCUGGCCACACAAGUCCCAGCAGCCACCGGGGCUCAACCCUGAAGCCACUUCCUCAUGUUUAUGUGUGCUCAUGGCCAUGUCCUGCCUAGCUCUCACUGCGGCCCAGGGACAUGGCUCCCCUUUUUAUGUUCAAAAUAACAAAGAAGAAGAUUUAAAAUUUGCUUUUCACAUUCAGUUAUAUUUUGACACCUGGACUUGACAGAAAUGUAUUGUUGCACCUGUCAGGAUUAUUAGAAUUAAUUUGAGUGUGUUAUUUGACAAUGCCAUUGUCUAGAAACUCUAAUAAGAUGUAGACAUGAAGAGAAUGGAUAAUAAAAUUUAUUUUGUAUGUUCCAAA